AACAAAUCAAUCGAAACAUGGCAGUGUGGAUGAAAAGUCCGAAAUGUGUUGCCUUCUCUCUAGUAAUAUGUAUAGUGUACUUACUGUUAUCAAGACUAUAUUUGCUGCUAAUUAAAGACUAUGAGAUAAUUGAUUUGCCUCCAGAAACUGGUAUAACUAUAGAUCAUCAUGGGAGAUGUAGAUGUCCGCAGAAUUCACCGAUUCUUGCUGGUAAUUUGGAUAUAAGAUUUUCUGAUGUUCCGACAUUGAAGCAAAUGGCUAUGAUGUUUAAGUGGUUACAACCAGGAGGAAGACAUAAACCAGAAGAAUGUCUGUCCAGACACAAAGUAGCGGUGCUGAUUCCCUAUAGAAAUAGACAGGAGCAUCUUAAUAUCUUGUUGUAUGUUUUACACCCGAUGCUGCAACGCCAACUCUUGGACUAUGGCAUUUUUGUCAUUGAACAGACCAAUGGUUCAUUGUUUAAUCGGGGGUUGCUCUUCAACAUAGGAUACGUGGAGGCAUUAAAAGUUGAUAACUACUCGUGUUUUGUAUUUCACGAUGUCGAUCUUGUACCUGAAAACGAUAAAAUCUUGUAUGGAUGUAUAGACAGUCCAAUCCAUCUGUCUGCAGCAAUUGAUAUAUCUAAUUACAGAUUACCAGAUAUAAAGCUCUUUGGAGGCGUUUCUGUAAUGCUUCGAACGCAUUUUGAAGCAGUUAAUGGCUUUUCAAACUUGUAUUACGGAUGGGAUGGAGAAGAUGAUGACAUAUUUUACAGAAUGACAAGGAGAAAGUUUCGGCUGAAAAGGUUUCCUUUGAAUAUCUCCAGGUACAAAAUGAUGAAGCAUAUGAAAAAUGUUGAAAAUCUAAAAAGAUAUGAACUCCUGAGAGAAGGCUUAGGAAGGAUGGAAGUGGACGGAAUAAACUCAGUAGAUUUCUAUUAUAAAAGAGUUGAUUUCUCUGAAAUGCCUUUGUAUACUAAAAUAGUAGUUGAUGUACUUAGAUAAAUGUGCUUCGACAAAUUUCCCCAUCUAAGACAAUGGUUUCGAUUGUAUGUUAACUCAUAAUCAUGCGGUGCCAUUCUGAAAUCUUGAUGUCAUGUACUUUAAAUGCAACAGAUCUUACGUUAGGUUUACUGCUGGUUAAAAACUUGUAGCAUUUGUUUGUGCAGUGGGGUUUUAUAUAGCUGGAAUUGUUGAUUUGUUUGACAAAAUUCAUGAAAAAUAAAAGCAUCGAAAUGUUCAUUCAUAUACAUAAACAAUAAUCACAUGAAAUGAAAAUCCACCAAAUAAUAAGGCACUAUUAAUUUAAACCACGAUAAUGAGAAAAUGUGUGAAAAUAGCAAUAUGUACCAAUUUGAUCAAGUUCAUUUUGUUCAUGCUUAGGAAUUUGGGAUUAUCUGUCUAGAGCACAUCGCAUUUGGGUGAAUUCUCCAACAUCAUUUGACCUAUAGUAUUGAAAUUUUACACAGCGUCUUUAAUACAAACACACCUGGAAUUUGCAAAAGUGUUUAUCAUGAUUUAUGAAGGAAAAAGAGUUAUAUUACAUCUGUGCACUAAGAUAUGAUGACAGACCUAAAUCUCAAAAUAAUGUACAAAAUGUUCUUGAAGGAAUUACACAGGAAUAAUUUGUUUGCUAUUUUUCAUUCAUGUACAGUUUACCAAAUUACUGGCGGUAAAUAUGACUAUUUUGUUUAACCAUAGGUUAGUAUUCGACCUUUCAUAAUUUUCCAAUAAACUUCUAGACAAUGUAAAUCUUUGAUUGGCAGUAUUGCAGCGACCUAGCAUGCAUCAUUUGUACAUAAUGUAUAUGUAGGCAAGAACUGAAAACAAAAAGCUUGAAUGAGGAGUGAAAUGCCGUCAUGGUUAAUAUUUAGCUACUGAACAACCCCUUCCCACUGGGGGUUAGGAUGCACUCCCAAGAAUAUUGUUAACGAGAUGAAAAAUUACAUCUGAGAGCAAACAAAUGCUAGUUUUAACAAAUUAGAUAUGAUUAUUUUAAGUUGAAAUAUUCGGGAAACCGGCAUUAUUGGCAGCUCAAUUUAAUAAAAUUCUAUACUAAAAG